UUCGCAGAGAUUCGCUGCUGGUGGUGCUGUGCUGCGUGCUGUCGACCUUUUACCCCUGGACUCCUGGGUUCAGUCGUAUUGAUAGAUUGAGAUAAAACAUUGUUCAACUUUGUUUUAGUUUAGAGGUGGAUUUAGUAUAUUUAAUUCUGUCGAAAUGGCUUCAGUACGAGUAUUUUCGAGAUUUGCUGCAAAACAGGUCUCAAAUGUACGGUGCAAUAGUACAACUUAUGCAGCAACUAGACCAAAUUUGAAACUAACCAGCCAAACAAAAGUGAUUUGUCAAGGUUUUACUGGAAAACAAGGAACUUUCCACAGCAAACAAGCAAUUGAGUAUGGCACUAACAUGGUGGGAGGUGUGUCCCCUGGAAAAGGAGGAAAAACUCAUUUAGAUAAACCCGUUUUUAACUCUGUCAAAGAAGCUAGAGAUGCUACAGGGGCAGAAGCCACUGUAAUAUACGUGCCUCCGCCUGGUGCUGCUAAGGCCAUUAUGGAGGCCAUUGACGCAGAAAUGCCGCUGAUUGUCUGCAUCACAGAAGGCAUCCCUCAGCAGGACAUGGUCAAGGUCAAGCACAGACUCGUUAGACAAAACAAAUCCCGCCUGAUUGGACCCAACUGUCCUGGCAUCAUUGCUCCUGAACAGUGCAAGAUAGGAAUUAUGCCUGGCCACAUUCACCAGAAGGGCAGGAUUGGCAUUGUGUCUCGAUCUGGCACUCUAACUUAUGAGGCUGUCCAUCAAACUACUCAGAUCACCCGUGAUGACGGAGCCAUCGUGACCAUGUUCGUGGCGCUAUAUUCAGUUGUCCAGGUGUUUCAGCAGUCAACACUCGCAAUCACGGCGCCUGAUCCACAACCAUAG